GGGUCACGAUCAAUAAACUUUACUUCGUUCCAGACUGGCUUGUGUCCGGUGUUGUGGGCAUGCUCUGAAACGGCGGAGGUCUCGGUACGGGCGAGUCGAAUGUCUCGAUCGUGCUCCUUAAUUCUGUCUUACAUAGGUCUUCCAGUCUGUCUGAUGUAUACCUUGUCGCAUUCAAAGGGAAUCCUGUAAACUACGCCAUCUUGUUUAGUCGGGUCGACGGCGUCUUUUGGUCGUACUAACUGAGAUCUUAGCGUAGUCAGAAGAGCUGUUAACGGUAUCCUUCAACAGGUGGAAUCACCAGAGCCUAACAUCACGAAGGAAUGUCUACGCUUAUUGAGAACGGACCGAACCAGCUCCUCAACAAAGAUCUGACAGACCGUCUGACCCGCAAGUUGUCCGAAAAGCUGUUUACCUUGAAGCGAAGCGGAUAUCUACCAGAGGCCGUUUACAACAAGAUCAGAACCCGACACAAACAGCCGCCUAGAAUCUACGGUUUACCGAAGAUCCAUAAGGCCGAUGUACCGCUAAGACCUAUCGUAUCGUGCGUAAAUACCUUUGCAUAUGAUUUAUCCGCUUACUUAGCCAAAAUCCUGUCUCCUUUAACAGGAAAGUCAAUGUACACGGUGACUAAUUCAGCCCACCUCGUAUCCACCGUCAGCAAUGAGACGAUCUCAGACAACGAGAUCAUGGUAUCUUUCGACAUAGAAUCGCUGUUUACCAACGUUCCUAUCGACGCCGCUGUAGAAGUCGCACUGCAGAAACUCGAGAACGACCCAAGCCUUGCAGACCGCACCACGCUAACGCCUGCACAGAUCCCUGACCUUUUGACCUUCGUAUUGAGAUCCACAUACUUCCAGUAUAAUGGAUCAAUUUACGAGCAAAAAGACGGCGCCGCCAUGGGGAGUCCGGUUUCCGCUGUUAUUGCUAACCUCUACAUGGAGAGUUUCGAAGAACAGGCGAUAACUACAUCAUCCAACGAGCCUGAAUCUGGAAACGCUACGUGGACGAUACCUUUACCAUCCUGGAUCGCGAAAACGUAGAUGACUUCUUACAGCAUUUAAACAACCAGUAGCCUUUCAUCCGCUUCAUCAUGGAGACAGAUAAAGACAACAAACUCGCCUUCCUAGACACCGCAGUUUUAAGAGAACCUGACGGCCGCCUCACCAUCAGCGUAUUCAGGAAGCCCACGCACACCGAUCAAUACUUAGCGUAUGAUUCACACCACCCUCAAUCAGUAAAACGCGGUAUUGUUAAGUGCCUUUACGAGCGCGCCAAACGUCUCGUAACAAAACCCUCCGUCAUCUCUGAGGAGACAAAACAUCUGUCAUUUUUUCUGGUAUCUAAUGGUUAUCCUUUUUAACUCGUGAAUUGCGCGCAUGCGUAAGAGCGAGUUAUAGAUACGAUGUGGGGAAUAGCAUUCGCUCGCUCGCUCGCUCGAUUGGUCGAUUCCUGUAAACUUUUUUUCGAUUUUAGG